CUGCAUUUUCCUUCAUGCACUGAGGCAGAGCGCAAAUGGAUGUCGGAGUCUUUGUGACAAUAUUCAGAAACUGUGUGAAGUUUAGCUGAUAAAACUGGGUCGUCAUGUCUCUUUAAAUCAUCACUCUGCUGUGAAUGCCCUAGCUUUUGGUCGGCAAUUAUCCAGGGUGAAUGAGUCGCAGCAGACAGAACUGAUACAACCUGCCAGAACGGUUGGGCUCUGGGCCUAAUUCCCAGAAAGCCACUUGAGUAGGAGUGAAUGUCCUCCCAUGCCCUCUGCUGCCUGCCUCCUCACUGCAGACCUGUAACUUUGGGGAAGGGUGCAGAAUCAAGGCACAGAUAAACUGGAGGAUUGCUCAGUGUCUCUCCGCUGUUUCUGUUGCUGAUCACAGACAAAAAAGGUUCCUUACGUUCUUGUUUUUCUUGUGGAGAAACUGCAGGUCUGACUGAACAGUGGCAGGUGAUGUACGUUGGGCACAUUGUAUGCUAAUGUGCUUCUUUUACAGCAAUGACUGAAACAUCAAGGAAGUUGUUCCAGACCAGGGGAUGUUGAAUUAUCUGGGGAGGAAUGUGGUUUGAAAUCUCACAGUGAACACUGAAAAUGGCUCUCUUCAACUUGUAGCCAUCCACAGAGCUUUCAAAAAGGUGAGCAGAGGACAGGUAGUUGGAGAACAAGCAGUGCCCCACCCCGGGAGAAGGGCAUGGCAGAAGAUGCACUAAAGAAUGAACGGAAACUGUCUGCAAGAGUUAAACUGUCAGAUGGAGCUCGGCCUUCUCCUGAAACAGACCAUUUGGAAACUGGUAGACUGUGCUCUCCAAUUCUUCAGCCAAAUCAAGAAUGGAACACUUGGAUUGAGGGAGGCAAAAGUGCAGCAGAUUCUGUUUAUGGAUCCACGGCUUUGGUGUCCAGCUGGACUGAAUCCAAAGAAUAUUCAGAAAAUUGUAUUAGUUCCUCAGGGGAUGUUAAUGUGUUACAACAUCAUGGAUCUCCCCCUAUCAGGAUUCAGAGUUUUCUCUCUCGAGAUGAAAAACUAACAGCAGAAAGUACCACAGGCCUUUCUGUUGUGCCCAGCCGGUCAGUAACAGAUGAGUAUGAAGGAGCAGAUGAUGUCCAGACAAACCACCCCAGCACAGUACCAGAUACUGUUUCUGGCUUCAGCUCAAGGUAUGCUGGACAGAGUCAUUCAGAACUGCAUGCAUUGAGCCAUUCCAAGCAGAGACCUCCAAACAAAACCUGGGACAGAUCAAAUCCUGAAGAUGUCAGUCCUGUCUUCUUGGAAUCUGGAGGGUUGGAAGAUCCUGCAGAAAAAAGAUUACUUGAAUUUCGUUAUAUUUCCAGCCUAGAAAAUCAGAGAUCAGUUGCUGCCCACAGCAUCCCUAACACUGUAGCAAUGGACUCAUUUUGUACUUCUGGCCCUUCUGUGAAACACUGUACCCCUUUACCAGAUUAUCUUCUUUCUUCCCAUUUCAGCAGACAUGGCUCUUACUUCCAUGAUGAUGGUUUGUGUACCAGAUCUCCCUUGUUAGUUCAUUCAGUAAUUCCUGGACUCCCUGGCCUAGAUCCCAUGUAUGUCCACAGCAUGGCUGGUCUGGCUUCAGUUUGCCAACAGAAGUACAUGUUUGCUAUUGAGAAAGCCACUCCUACUGACCCUGAGUGGGACCAUGGGGUUCGUGCACCAGUAUGGCAUCACCCACCCUAUGCAAUUCCCAGCACAGUGUUGAAGGAACCCACGGGUCUUCAGAACACAUUACAUAAAGAGCCAACGGUUUCUGCUGCUUCAGUGGACUGUGGCCCCAGGCUGCUGACAGACCAUCAUAUCACCACAACUAAUUUAGCGACUUUGCACGUCUCAUCACCAGUAGUUACCAGAGAGAAAAGCUACAUGUCUGUAAAUGCAAAUACGUUCCCACCAGCAGCUGCCUGCUCUGUGGUUUUACAGACGACACACUGCACUGUGAUGUCUGAAGAGGACAGAAACAUUGGGAAUGGAACAGGAAGCAGGCAACUUGAAACCCCGUCCUCUCCAAACAAGCAAAAAUUACCUUGGCUGACAAGCCCUCAAAUAGCUUAUCCCCAGGGUCAUAACCAUUCCAGUGAAUCCAGGACUCCAUCUCAUGGCUCAACAACUGAAACACGAUUGACCCAGAAAGAAACAUCAGCAGCAGCUUUACUGGCCGAACAGAACAUCUUGCUUGCGGCUUCAUCUGCAGUACUGUCAGCACCUGAAUUGUCGUGCUCUGUGAACGUUUUGCUUCCUAAUCGAAUGACACAAGAUUCUAAAUUAGCUGCAGUGAAAAAUGAUGCCACUUCUAGUAUGUCUGUUAUCCAGGAAAAUGUAGGAAUGGACUGUCACUUAAGGAAUAAGAGCUUUUUAUAUAGUGAUAGCAAACAUUCACCUUUGUAUAGCUCCAAACAUCAAGAUGCAAACCAAACGACUGCACCAAGCAGUGCAGACCAUGUGGGCAGUAACAGCAGUUUUAUGGGUGAACCAUUCAUUAAGGGUGGAUAUCAUACUAGUGAGCAGUGCAGAAACCAACCUUAUCCCUUGCGGCACCACACAAAGCUGAAAAAGGCCUGGAUGACCCGACACUCUAAACAGUUCGGUCAGUGUGAAGAUCAGCGGGGGGUACAAGUUGCAGGGCAUAAUGUGGGAGGUAACUGUCUUAACGGCAGAGGUGAGAAACGGAAAGCAGAAAAUGAACAUAGCACUGAGGAAGGAAAAUCAAAACAAGUGGCUGAAGAGCGUUAUGAAUACACAUCUGAGGAUGAGGAGAAUAACCUUCAUCUGCAACGAGUAUGGCCCAAACCAAAACAUAUGGAGUCAAACAGUUUGACAUUACAUUGUGGUGAUGGUGCCAUAGUGACAAGACAGAAAGUAAUCGUUGAACAUUCUCAUGUCCACAAUGGAAUGUCUGAUGCUCUCCUUCUGAACAGUGACAUCACGACUGAAAAGCUACGAGCGAGCCCAGAGUUCAUACUGCAGGACACCCCCUGUUUCAUCAUGCCUGCGUACAUUCAGAGAUGUCGGAAGUGCUGGCCGGUCUGCAGUCCAGAGCAACAGGAAGGGAGGCUGCCAAAAGACAUCUCCUGCAGGUUCCAGCACUUUCGCAGGCUGUCCUUGGGAAGGAAUGGAGGGCUGAUAGCAGAUGGCUUUGCUACUUGGCCAGAAGCAGAUGACCACUUACAUCAUUGGAUUCCAGAUGAUGGCCAGCAGGAGGGACUCAAUGUGAGUGAAUCCAAGUAUCUUCUCUCUACUCUCGGUAACCAGUUCUGCAAGAUGGUUGAUACAGAGAGGGAUGCAUUGUCUUGGACUGAAGAAGAUGGCGGUGGAGCUGUAAUGUGGAAGAAGACAGGGUACAGGAAUGACGUUUGUGAUUUCUGCUGUGCGGGAUUCUUCAAUACGCAUUGGAUGUGCUCCAAGUGUGGGUUCCAGGUGUGUCUGCAAUGCUACAGCUCAAAGAGAAAGCAACACAUCGAGGAAAAGAAUAAAGGCCAUUCAGAAUGGUUAAAGUGCACACGAGGACAGGAUCAUGACGUGAGGUCCCUCAUCGCUAUACAGUUUGUACCCACUAGUGUUGUGGUUGACCUUUGGAAAUUGUUACAUGACAUUCAAGCCCAGUUUGACAUAAUAUCCAGGUGUGCCUGUGAGCAAAAAUCUGUGAAGGACAAAUCAACACAAGCCCAGAUGCUAAAGGAGGAAGACGCCAGAGUGAGUCCUUACCAGCCUCUCCAUCCUGUAUCAACUGAAGAGACACCUGAAAGCAAGCCACCCAAGGAAGUUUUUGUCCGUUUUCCUUUAGAUGUCAGGCAUUCUACUCAGGAGAACCACAAGACAGUGGUGAAGCAGAAUCCUGUUGAUCAGACCACGAGUGGUCAAAGACCUAAGGUCUCUGAACAAUGUACUAGUUUGUGUGAUCUACUGGCUUCCACUGCACUUAAACUGUCCUUAGGCUCUGUGGAUAUCGGGAUGGCAUUCGCUCCUGUCUCUCCAAUGUUGCAAAGUUAUGAAAGGGCAGCCACCAUUCUAGACAGCAUCAUUGCCAGAGUGGUGGAGAGAAAAAUACAGGAAAAGCUGAAAGGGUCUAGCAUGGUCUGCACCGAUACACUGGAGCCCCGAACUGUGCAUUCAUACCACUCCAGGGGAGGAAUGCUUUGGCUGCACAAUCCACUACACAAGUCUAACAUCCGCAUCUUCCAAGAGUCCUGGAGAAAGCAUCAGCUGGUUCUUGUGUCUGGUUCUCAUCGAAAUAUGAAGAAGGCCCUUUGGAGACCCCAAACCAUCAUGCAGGAAGUAAGAAGUCAGACAAUGAAAAUAGUUAAUUGCAGGAAUCAAGAAACUGCUACAGAAGUGAACAGCAGGGAAUUCUGGGAAAGAUUUUUGUGCACUGUUGAGUAUUCUGAAACACCUGAUUGCCUAGAGCCAAUUCUGAAGGCAGAAACUGAGCUUGAGAAGCUGAAACCUUUGUGGAUGGAUGACCUUUACUGUACCCUGCCACUCCCAGAAUACAGCAGGAUUGAUGGGAAAUUCAACCUAGUGUCAUAUCUACCAGAGAACACUAUUCAAUCUCAGCUUCUCCCUAAACUGUGGGCAGCAUAUAGUGUGAAACCCAAAAACUACAAUAUAGGAACAAUCCCCCUGACCAGUGACCCUAGCGAUUCAUUCAGCAUGCUGAUUCACACAGAAGGAACAUCAGAAGACUGCUCCUCCGUACUUAAAGACAUCAUGCUGAUGGUGGAAGAGGAAUCCAUUGAUGGUACAAUGAAGAAACGUCUAGAAGACCCUAAGAUUCAGCCAGGAGCUCUGUGGCACAUCUACAGCAAGAGUGAUACAGAUAAAAUACAAAAAAUGAGUCUCAAGGUGUUAGAAGAAAGAAGGAGAGAUGUAGCUAACGGCCUGAAUCCCACCACUGGCUCAAAUUUGUACUUUGACCAGUCAUUGCGAAGGAGUCUUCAUCAGGAGUUUGGAGUCAAAUGUCACACUGUUAUCCAAUGUGUUGGAGACACUGUCUUCCUACCUGCAGGAUCUCUAUACCAGGUUCAAUGUUUUGCCAGCUGCAUCAGUGUCUCCCAAGGAUUCCUCUCUCCAGAGCAUGCAUCAAGCUUCCUUGGACAGAUGUACAAAGUCAGUGAUGGAGAAUCUGGCUGUGGGAAGCAUGGACUACAUCAGCUGCAGUUGGAGAGGCUCAUCUACCAUGCUGUGAAGAAUGCUGUUGGCACUUUAAAGAGACAAAGAAAGGAAGCACACAACUAAAAUUUCCAGAAAGAGCACAUACAAGAGAGAAACGACAUUCUGUGUGCCUUGAUGGUUGUCGGAGUCUCUGCACCUUGCGAAGAUGAGGAUGAGCAGGAAGCAGUCUAUGCUGUGUUCAUCCCUUAAAGAAAGCCACAGAGUGGGAGGACAGUCCUAUAGACUUCAUGCACUACUGUACCUACAGUAUGGGUGUGGGGGAUGUCUGUCUAGGAACAACCGAGUGCCUGUGCAAGUCUAAAAACAAAUCCGUGUUUGCUUGUCUGUGCCUGCUCAUGUCAGCUUGUUCAGAUGAAUCUAGAUGUCAAAACUGAUAAUGGGGUGUGGCCCCACUACUUGAGUUGGAAGAUAUUGCACUUAGUACUUCACUGAAAUCUGCCUCUAAAUUAUAAAGUGAAAGUACCAAUAGAUUUAGCGAGCCUUAAUGUACUUAUUAUAUAGUAUAACAUACCCUGUCUUUCACAAAUGAUUUCAAACUAGUUUCCAUUAACAUCUGUGAACCUACAUGCUAUGUCGUACUGCCUGUCAGAUGGUAUGUGGUACACGUUAUGCAGAGUUGCUAGGCAGAGACAUGUCCGCAGUAUCUCAGUUAAAUUAAAUGUUGAUAUUGAACAUCUUGGCUUCAGAAUUAGCAACAUGUAGGCAGGUUGGGAACUCUUGGCACAGGAGGUAUGAAGCUACCAACACAGUGAGUUCUGGUGUUUCUCCAGAAGUGUGUUUGGUUAAAUUUGGGGCAGAUUCGGAUCAUGUGGGAUAGUCAAAGGUACUGGUGGUUGUCAUUGAUCAAAUAAACCUUGCUAAGUACUGAAGAAUCCUCAUGAAGGUGUGUCAGAGUCACAGCACAGCUGACAGUGCAGUACAAGGUACACCCACAAGCCCACUUCCUCUGCAAUCCCAUAUUUACAGCAGACGCUACCCAUUGGUGCUCAUACUUGUAUAGGAAAGAUGGGCAAGAAAUGUACAUUUGGCUGGAAGUGAUAGGUUCAGAAUCAGUGGGUUUAGAAACUUGGAGAAACUGAUACUGUGGUGCAUAAUUUACCAAGUAGGACUGGUAUGUUUUGCACAGGAGAAAGCCUGCUGUGCAGGCCUGUGUGAAAUCACUGAAAACGCCAUUCAGACUUGAAUUUUAAGUGUCUGUCACCCCAUGUUACAGCUCACCUGUCACCUUUUUGACUGACAAGUGCAGUACUCCUAGGGGCAUCCGUAGCCUUUCAAAGGUUACUACUUAUGCUGAUGUUCACUUCACCUGUGGAAGGAUAAAAUAGUGUUUAAGGCUGCUUGCAGUAAAUGUGAUGUCUCCAAUGAAGACAAUAAAUUCCCACUUUCCCCUUAAUUAUUUAUGCAAGGUGAAAGAGAGAGGAAAUGCACUUUAAGUAAUGAAACAACAAAGCUAAAAAAAGAAGUACACAUUUUGAAAUACUAAUCCACUUCAAGCUACAGCUAAUACUGAAUGAUAAACAUCCUGUUCUUUAUACCUAAAGUUUGCAGAGAAUUUAAGGAGAGCAGUUCAGGACAUGAUCAGGUUUUCCCAUUCACCUAAGCAACUUCUCCAUUUCUUUACUACAUGUGGAGAGUUGAGUACUCAGGGACUGGGGAUUACUGGCAGUUCAUAUCCAGUAAUGUGAGACUUAUUCCAUAUUUGUUUUUUAAUGCACAAUAAAGGGGGUAUAUGGUGCUAUAAUUAAUGCUGCAGGUGAUGUAGUCUCUCCACUAGUCUGAAGUGACAUCGGCAUUACUCUCUUUUGGGAUGAUGGGCAGGCCUUACAACUAUCUUUGUAACUGAGGGGAUCCCUCAUGUUCUUUUUUUUUUUUUUUUCCUUUUGGGGCUUUCAUACCAAAAGUAAAAUGGUGCUCUGUGGACAAACUCAUGUGUCCACACAAAUUGGGCCUUAGUAUUUUAGCUAGGAUUUUUAGAUUCAGCCUAAAUAGAAGUGAAAUAAGAAAGGAUUGAUUAUUGCUACUCAGAGUAACACGUGUUAUAUUUUUCAUUAUCUCAUUUCUGGCUGAAAGCAGCUUGCAUGGUAUGUGAAAUAAUUCAGAUGUGUUGUUUAGGAAAUGCUGUAAUGACAAGGUUCUGCAGAAAAGUUUGCAGGCAAGUCUGUGCAGGACACUUGAUCAGGGGUUCCAAAUGAGGUUUUGAUGGACAGAGCUGUUAGACAAACUCAGCAGCACCUAUUUUCCUGCAAAACUAAAUAUGCUGUCAUGAUAGGUUCAAACCGUAUUAUAAUUUAUGAGCACAUGAGAUGACUAUUUACCAAAGAGAGCAAAGAGGACAGGUUCCUUUGUGUUAGGGAUAUAUAAAUAUAUAUAUAUAUAUAUAUAUAUAUAUAUAUAUAUAUAUAUAUAUAUAUAUAUAUAUAUAUAAAUUCUGUUUAGUACUGGAUGAAGCAAAAGCUUUUACUGGCAAGUUCUGUGAUGUAGUACCCCGAAGAAAUGCAUGCAUCUUUCUUGUGUGGCAUUCUCAUGUACAGUGUAGGUGUAUUAAUUUUGCCCUUUCUUGCAGUAUACUGUAAGAUACAAAUGUGCAAAUUUGAUAGUUUUGGGAAAAAAAGACUGCUCCAAACUGGAAUUCAGAUCUCUGGUAACUGGCUACUGGCUUCUGCAUUCUUGUCAGACAUCCUCUUCUGGUUCAUAGACUGUGCAGAGUUUGUGUAGUAACUGGUUUUCUUUCAGCAAUUUUUCUGCACCGAAGGUAUACAGUAAAAUGUUAAUAAUUUAACCAUGUGUCCUCAGACACAGUGUUUCGUACUCUGUAUUUUUGUGCUCUCACAUGCAACACUCAAAGAAUUUUCGUAUCUACACCAGUUGAUUAUAUUCUCAAACCUGCCAGUAGUCUGUCAGUGACGGGAAUUAGAACACCAACCCAAGCAUUAAAAUGAAAAAUACUCCCUAAUCUUUUUAUUUUGCUUCUCUGUGUAGUCUGUACGAAUACAUACUGCAGCCUUCUGAUUUCAUCAGGAUUUCAAUGUAAAUAAAGGUGCUUUAAGUCUGUUAUAGGCUCCUGCUUAAGCAUGGUAAAGGUAGCACAGCUUGCACAGUGCUUUAUCUGUGUGUGUUUUUAUAUUUGUCAGUCAUGUUGCUGUCCUUUACUUUAUCAGUGUUCCUGUCAUACAGUGAUUGUGAAACUUUGUAAGGCACAGAAAGUGACCUGACUUCAAAAUGUAAGCUGGAAAAUCUUGUUCUGAAAAUUCAGAAGGAUCACAAUGGAUAAAUCAUAAAUUAACAAGAGUAUGAAUUUGCCUGUGUUGUGUAUGUAUGCUUUCUUAGUAUUACUAUGGCUUUGUUAAAGGGUAAGAAAAUUAUUAAAAAAAAGGCUAUUCACACCAGUUAGUAAAGCAAACAUAUAUGUGUUGAAAUCCGAGUAAUGAAAAAAAAAUGUUAAUAACUUGAAAGGAAGUUAGAACCUUGCAGCAGGGUAGAAACCAUGUGUGAAAUAAUUAAUAUACUCAAUUCUUUUUAUAGCUGAAGUACAAAAGCUGGUAAAAGGCAGUAUCUACAUCUGACGAACUAUUAAAUCAAGACAGAUUUUAACCUUUACUAUGAAGGUUAUGUUGUCACACACCAUCCUGCUAUGUCUGCUGAAAAACACGCCACUUAAUCUUCAGUGGAUGCCGACAAUUGCUUGGCAAUGAGUAGAGCUUUCAUACUAUUCAUUUUCCUGGAAUUGCUGGUAUUUGUGAAUUAUAAACCUCUAUUUACUCCAGAAAUACCCAGCUGAACCCAUAUCCUGAAAGCCUACACAUGUGGAAAAGAAACUGCAUCAAUAUUAAUGUUACCUUCCACUUUGCUGUUUCUUCAGGGAAACCAUUCUGUGUAAAGUAACAUCAGUCUUAUUCAGUUGAAGCCUAAGCAAGUACUGUGUACUCAAGCCAUAUUGCAAAUGCAGUAUUUAUUAUAAGGUGAAAGAAAAUGUUAAUAUGGGAAAAAAAAACUCCUUCAGCAAAGUCCAAAUGUGUUCCAAAUCCUAGAUUCAGGAAUCAUGACUCUGAAAGAUGGUGCCUCAUGAGGAAGAGAAUACCCAGAGUACUAAUGUGUGGACAGUGGAGAGCCAUGCACCACUGUUUAUUUUAUGUGUUUAUGCUGUUAAUAAAAUAUUGAUUGUUUCAAAGCCA